AUGCAGGGGUUGGGAAACGCGUACCUCCCCGCAGCAAUCUUGGUUCUCGCGGGCUCGCUAGCUAGGCCUGCCUCUAAGCCCCAUCCUGUAGCACCAGCGGCGGCGGGAGAAGCGUCGACGCCACCGGCUGCGGUGGCGUACCAGCCAGAAACCAAAGCGGCCUUCUACAAGAAGAUCGCGGCCAUCAUGGUGUCGAGGUUCAUGGUGAUGCCACUGGUGGCGGCUAUGCUUCUCCUGUCCGGCGCCAAGGCCAAGCUAAUCCCGUACGACAAGCUGGUCUGGUUCGUCCUCCUCAUGGAAGGGUGAAUCCACCUCUUUUCAUAGAUGAGGAUCUGCUCUCACUGGUCCGCUCGUUUUUUUUUAAGUUCCGACCGAUCUGAUAUGUUGGGGGUGAAAAACAACCGAUGAGCUGCAGUCUUGCUCAUGUGCACCUACCGGCCGUUUCUUCUUGUACGGUUCCAGGUUGGGAUGAUUUAAUGGUCGGGCUUGGUUCGUUUCCUGUUCUCGGGGGGGUUGGUUCUGUUGUGCGGUCCGAUUGUUGCCGAUUCGUUGGCAAGCAAAAUAACGAAUCUGAUAGAUCCGACGCGUGGCGGCUCAUCUUUCGUCCGAUCACAUGACUUCUCUGGUUGUCGCCCCAUCGGCACACCCUUUGUGGUGGUGGUGGUGGUGGUAGUGCUGCUGCUAUGCUAUUUAAGACCUAGUUGUACCGCGCUGUAAGAAUAGUAUCGGGGCGUCGAUUUUUGUGUAGAACGAACACGACAUCAAAGGCGAUUGCUGAAGUCUUGACCCACUUGCCCAGAGAAGACGUGUCGACGUUCGUCCUUCCGGUUAAGCAAGGUGCAGCAACGCUUUGCCGAUGGUUGGAUUUUGCUGGAAUGAUCGGAGGUUUUCUUCAGAAGUCAUUUGAGACAGACGUGAGUUUGGACGCUGCAUGUCUUUCUUGUUUUUUGUUCUAGAAUGGCUGAUAACUGGGGAUUAUAACCAGCCCAACACAUGUCACGGCGGGUGGGUUCAGCGGUUGGCCGCUGUUUCUGAUACUGGCUUGUUGCUUUUCUGCGAAAAAAGGGAGGAUCGCGAAGAAGGAAGACUUCGGCAGGAGGUGGAGGAGGUGUUUCGAGACAGCGACACUUCCAAAAAGAACGAAAAAGAAGCGGCCAUCACGCUGUAGGGGUUUGUUUUUGCGGUACGCCAGCCGGAACACUACUAGUGUUCUUUCGUAUUGGUCCAAAAGCAAACUUGUGGU